GCGGGGCCUGGCGGGCGGCGGCGGCUGUGGCGGCGGCCGGGGCGUUGGGCGGGCGAGACGCCGGGGCGGCCGGGGCGUGCGGCCGCCGACCUUCACCCCCUCCGCCCCGCCACCGCUGCGGCUACCGCCGCCCCGCCGCCCCUCCGCCGGCACCGCACCGCACCGCACCGCCCGGCCAGGCGCCGGCCGCGACCCGCCCGUUGCAUCUCUUCUUGUUAACCUGAGAUCCUCCCAGAGGAGCCCAUUGCCUGCCGAUACGUGCGUGAAAGGUGUGUGAAUCAACGUUUCGCCACUGAAUCAUCACUUUAAUCAUACUAACUUGACAACCAUUGUAUGCCAGCUUGUGUCAACACCAGACCAAGGUGCUCCUGAUCAACCAGAUCUUUUGGGAAUUUUUAAAAAGAAACUUUGGUGGGUAAAAGAUGUGCCAUGGAAUGGUAGCACCAAAGAGCAACACAGGAUCGUCUCUUGCCUUGACUAGCCAUGGGUUAUUUCUUCUGCUAGUUAUCUCUGGUACCUUUAUCCUGGAAACACAGGCCACAGGUUGGCUCAGCAAAUCCAAAGGACCUGCAUAUUGUCCCCAGCCACCACAGCCUGAGAAUGGAGGCUAUAAAUGCCACCCUAGCCCCUGCAACAACCCUCUGACUUCAGGCAGUGUCAUAGAGUACCUGUGUGUCGAAGGCUACAUGCUGAAAGGAGACUACAAAUACCUGACCUGCAAGAAUGGAGAGUGGAACCCAGCCAUGGAAGUCAGCUGCAGGCUCAGCCCGGAAAAGGACUCUCCUCCAACAAUUGGAGUACCCACGCUGUCCAUAGUAGCCUCCACAGCAAGCUCCGUCGCCCUGAUUCUGCUCUUAGUUGUGCUGUUUGUUUUGCUGCAGCCAAAGCUGAAGUCAUUCCAUCAUAGCAGGCGAGACCAAGGUGUGUCUGGAGAUCAGGUCUCCAUCAUGGUGGAUGGUGUCCAAGUGGCCUUGCCAUCCUAUGAAGAAGCGGUGUAUGGCAGCACGGGGAACUGCAUUCCACCCUCGGACUCCCGAGUGCAGAUUGUGCUCUCGGAGGGAGCUGGGCAGAAUGGAGCCAGAGAGAUGCAGCAGCAGGACCAAGGGGUUCGCAAUAGCCUUGAGAGAGAAGAUGAAGCCCCUGGACAUUCUGGACUGUGUGAAGCCAGUGGCUCUCAGCGCUCUGAAACUGUUCUUGUGCAUCAGGCUGCUACCUCUUCCUGGGUAGCUGGCAUGGCUAGCAGUAGACCUGUACACAAAGAGGUCCAAGAUUCAGAAAGCAGUGACAUACAGAGCCUUUUAUCACUCACUUCCUCCGAGGAAUACACAGAUGAUAUUCCCUUAUUGAAGGAAGCAUGAGGCCUGCUGUGUUUGUCCAGCCUUCUCCCUCUUGGAUUUCUUCCUCCUCCCUUCCCCCUGCCUUCAGGACAGAAGCACUCUGUGCAGCCUUCCCCGUCCUCGCGAGCUGUACCCUGGAUACCUCCAAGCAGAGACGCCCUCAGCUGAAGAUCCAAAGGAUGUCGCCAGGUUGCCUCCUGGAUGCACCAGUGGGGCUGGUGCAGCGCUGGCUUCCCCAUUCCAUCUGCAUCAGGGGCUCAAGGAACAGAGUGGAUUUGAGCUCUCCUCUCCUCUUCCCCAGCCAGAUGUUUGACAGCAGUCUCUGAAGAGCUGCUCUUUUCUCGUGCCUUUCUCCUCCUCACACCGGCUUGUUGCAGCUUAUCAGCCUCUCUAGCCCUUCUGCUGCCCGGAGAGCAAGGGCUAAAACCGCUUGCUCACUGGGUGCAGACACAGUUUAUAUAUACGUAUAUAUGUUAUAUAGGCUCUUCUUCCAGCAUCCUCUUUGUGAUAGGGCAGGACGAAACGCCUCACUGGGACUGAAGCUGGGCUUGGGAGGGAUCCCAGUUAAGGGGCGGCUUGUGAUGUCUAGAAGCGCCUCAAAUGAGAUGGGCUGUGUGACAACUUAGCUGUGCAAUAACAGUUCAUUGAGAAUUGCUAGAGCGCUGAAGGCUGAGAAGUCCAAUGUGUAGGAAUGCCCUCCGACCCUUUCUCAAAAACUCUCUGCAGGAGUCCAUUCCUCAAAAUUGCUUUUGUCUCCUCCUUCCUUCUCUACUUGUGCAGCCCACUUAGUUAUGCUGUGUUUCUAGAAGCUGGGACUGGGACUGUACUGCCAAUAAACCAACCCUUUCAGCUUUGGUCUGGUGCCAGAGCAGCUCCUGAUGUUAGGUUGUAGAAGAGCCUUGGAGAAUGGCCUGUGGGUAGCAAGGUCCAGAAAGCUUGGAGGAUGUGACUUUCAGUUAACCAACGCUGUGUUAACCUAGGAGUUAGCCCCGUUCAUUGAGGCAUCAGGAUUGGAGCCAAAUUUGUGGCCCUGCUCUUCUGAAUAAGCUGUAUGCCUCAAAGCUUUUUCAAUUAAGGUGAUACUGCACUAAAGCUGAGGUUCCUUUUGGUCAGAUCUUCAGGCAGAGGUAACACUUUUCAGAUGUAAUCUGGAAGUGGUUCAGGUGUUUGAAAAUAUCAAGAGAAAAAAUGCCCACAGGUAGUGAAUGCCCAUGCCAUUGGUGCAAUCCCAAAUUACCUUUCCAGCCACACUUAGGUACCUUGGUACUUGAACCCUGGGUAGCUACCAUCUCAGAGGCUAGUGUCUUCCUAGCUUCAUACAGCAAGAGUCUGCUCUUUUCUCCUAAUGGGCUUCAGUGGGCCCACAGAGAAGAGCAUCUUCCUUGUCCGGCAUUUAUAAAGUGUCUCCUAAAUACAACACAGUUGCCUGUUGCUGUGAGGGCUACAGUGAGAGCAGUGCCAGAGGACACCAUAGCUUAUCCCUGAACCUAAGUUUUGAAGAUUGUUUCAAGUUCUGGUAGCAGGGAAAAGAAAAACCCCAAAAUAUGAAUACCUCUGCCCCCCACAGUUAUCUAUGGCAGUUCAGAACAUCCUGGUUGCUGUUAACAGGACUCUCUUUUUGCAGGAAGCCACAUUCGUCUGGGGUAGAUAAUCCAGUCACAAAAGUGUUGUGGUGGUUGUAAGGUUCUUCACCAGGGAGGUCUGGACCAGUUCCCUGGUAUUGGUUUCAGCAAGAAGAGUUGGCUUUAGAUGCAUGUACCUUGUCGUAACCGUCUUGAAGUAACUAGGGGAGUGUUUGCCCUGUGAGAAGCUGCUAAGUUUUUGAGUUGGUGGAGCAAAAUGACAUGGCCUUAUACAUCAUGUGGCAAUAUACAGGUAAAUAGGGAUGCUGUCUUUGCUGCUUUGCUUUUGGUUUUUGAUCCUCACCAUCCUCAUCCUUGUUGUUUCAGGAACAUACCGUCACAGCACUCGGUAAAAGUGGCGCAACACCUUUAUGUGUAAAAUCACUGUGGCUUAGCUCCAAUUCCUGGAAAUGGGGAUUGGCCAUAGUGUCCAGCCACGCGCCCGCUGUUCCUGUUCCUGAUUAGCUGUUAAAUCCCAGGACACCUGGGACAGUGUGUGCCUGUGGAUGAGAGAAUCCUAUUUUCCCUAUCCUUGUUUUAGAGGGAUGUUGUUAAUUUAAAAAUACAGUGUUUUAAACUUCCUUCCCUAUUGCUCGUAUUACCUUGCGUUAACACGAGGAUUUGAUAAAUCUGGUUUGGGUUUUUUUUGUUUGGUUUGGGUGAUGAAAAUCCCGUGUCGUUGUACAGUGGGCUGGGGUGUCUGAGCUUCAAGUACUGUAGAGGGCAAAUGCUGUUUACACAUCUGCUAUUGGAAUUUUAAAAAAUAAGCGCAAAAUGUUUCUAUUUAGUUUUUUGACUCCUACCUUGGAAAUGGUCUAAGCUUGAGCAAAUUGUCUCAUUCAUUGGUUUCAUCAGGGCAGAUGGAGGGAUUGAGCGUGUGUAGUGGUAAGGCUGAAGGAGUGCGGAGGGAAGGAUAUGUGACUUCUUUCCUGCUACCUAACCAGCUCAGAGCUGGAGGAGUUGCUCUUUAUGCAUUUAAGGUCCUGUCUGCUCAAACUGACCCUCAGCAAUCAGGGUGUAGAAGUCACGUUCGUGCUUGUCUUCCUGCAAGGGACAGUCCUUUAACCCAGUGUUAGCACCGGGUUGGGGGGAGAAUCCCACAACGAAGCUGGAAGCUGAUCCUGAGGCCUGACCUUGCCCUGGACGAGCGCCUGCUCCACCGGCAGAAAGCACGUAUUGUGUGGCCCUGCCUCCUCUCCCUGCUAUUGUAGAGCAAAUAGUUGCCGGUUUGGGAGAGAAAAUUUAAUUUGGGUGGGGAAGAGGAGGAAGCAAGCUGGACAGAAGAGGCGGUGCUUUGAUUUUGUUUCAUUUAUAGAAAUUGUGGGAAAUAGCUUUACUAAGGAGGGGGGGAAAUGCGGAGGUGGAGGGAAAUAUGCAAGCGUGGAUCUUGUGAUCAGGCAUAAACAGGCAGCUUCUGUUGGCUUGCUGAGAGGGUAAACCAGCAGCUCCCAGGCCAGUCUCCGCUGUGCUGGCUGGUAACCCCAGCUGAUGCUUCCAGCGCUUGCAGAAGAGCCUGUUCCCUGCAGCAACACCGGUGGGGGAGCGUUCUGCAAGCCAGAACGUGAAAACCAGUUUGGGGGCAUCACAUUCCUCUUGCCCAAGUUCUCAGCUUUAGAGUUUAUUUUCAUAUAAAAUGAAGUACUGUGGCUGGGGAGGAACCUGGGAGAUGACUGCUUGAUGAUUUUUUUCAAGGGGGAGAAGGAGGGGGAGCGAGGCCUCACCUCACUGAUUUUCAAGUGAUUGUUACUCAUUCAUGUUUUUUUUUUUUUUUCAUUCUGCAGAGGCUGAAGGAUGGGGGAGUCUUUUGGGCAGAGAUUUAGGAAAAGCUAAAUUGCACAGUCCUGUCUUUACUUACGGGAGCGAGCGCUGAGGCGUAAAGAUCCCUCAGUCGUGAGCUCUGCUCUGUCUCGGGAGCGUUCGUCACUUCUGAGCAAAGAGCGUGUCCUCUUUGGCUGGUGCCGUGGGUCGGUGCAGCCUGGAUCUCAGUGUGGUGGGUGGGUAACACAGGGGCUCAGCCUUACAAGAUGUAACAACAGUAAAUGAUUUUUUUUUUCUUUCAUUUUAGUUCUUUUUUCUCACGGGGUCACAGCCUCCUUACUGUUUUUUUCCACCCAUGUCUGGUAAAAGAAUUCAAAGGGAGGCAUUUUUUCUUAUUAAACGCUCCCGACAAUCAUCUCAUGUUCUGUCCUACGUGCUGGAUCCUGUGAUAUUCAAGAACAUUAAAAAGAUUUAAUUACGUUGGAAAAAUAAAAAUAGCACUUAUUUUGAAGGUUUCUGUUAUUUUUGGAGUCUGAUAGGUUAAAAAAAUUAAAAGGGCAUUUCAGAAAUUCAAAGUACUAUGUGCAAUAAAAAAUAACCUCAUUGCUCCCUUUCAGUUGCAUAGUUUUUUUUAAAAAAAAAAAUUAAUAAAAAUGCAGCCUACUGCAGUGUUCCCAGCCUGGGCGUUGCAGAGCUGGGACCAGUCUGAGAGAACCAGAAAGUGAAGGUGUCAGUAACCCUUGGGGGAGCGGGGCAGCCGCCUCUCGGCAUCGGCACCAUGAAGCUCAGCUCAAAGGAUGAGCCGGCCUGGGCUGUGUCGGAGCCUCCUGCCACCUCGGAGGGGGUCAGCGACCCUGGCGAGAGAAGUGGUUCUGUGCGUUCGGGUUUUGAAUAGCUUGCAUCUCCCCAUCAUUAACUGUAGAAGAGGUAAAAAAUGAAGUCUGGAGGAGAGACGUGCUGCAGCAUGUGAGUCUCUGGAGUUGUUGCUGAGUUAAAACUUCAGGAGUUUGGGAGGGAGAAGAGUUUAAUGCAUUUUUAUCCUUUUGGGGUUUGUUUUUUUGGUUUUUUUUUUUUUUUUAACCACCAGGGAACUUGCAGUGUAGAAGAAUGCUUGCUCGGUGAGCAUGCUGCUCCUUUACCCCUUGGACGUCUCCCCUGAGGCUUCUCCUUAGCCUUUCAGCUCCAGUGUGGUGGUUCUUUUAAAGCACCUGAGGCCUGUAUUUGACCGUUCGGCACACAAAGAAGUCAGAUGUGUUAGGAAGAAAUCUGUUCCGCUUGUUUGGGGAGGCAACAUCCUAAGAUGCUCCCAGAGGUGGAUGACUUGGGUCAAUAGUGAGAAGUGGGGCUAAGAAAGCAACAGGCUCAGCCCCUGGAAAUAAUCUGGGAUGGUGAAAUCAUUUGCAGUACAGAAAAGGGAACACAAGGUGGGGGGUGAGGAAGAGCUGUGACUGAAAGCAGAGGUUUGCUGCAGGCUGAUGGGCUGAUGCCUUCGUGGCCGGGUUGUAAGGAAGCUCGUGGUUUGUUUAAAUGAUUUGGCAGACACCAGCAGGCUUGCUAUAUGAGAAGGAAAAAAAAAAAUUAACGUACAACUGGUUGGACACACUGAGAUUUCCUUGCUGACCUUUUUAGAACAUGUUUGCAGAACCUGGUUUUACUGUUCUGAUAGCAGUUGUUUAAAAAAAAAUAAAACAAAUAAAAUCUGCCUUAUUACUCUAUCCAGUUAACUUAUUAAAUCAAUUUUACUUUCUGGUUUCUGUAUAUAAAUGCAAUAAAACCCAUCCGUUUUGCACAUCCUGCCUCACCCCAUCCCCACCCUUCAGUCCUUACCAGGGAACUUCAGACUGAACUUGCUCUUUGUGAACACCUUUGCUCGCAGAAGAACUUUCUUGGAAAACACGUAUUCUCUACGAUACACUUUGAAAGCGCAGAGAGGUUUCCUAGAGCAGGCUUCAUUUUAAAGCAUAUUUUUAUAUAGGAAAUAAGCCCCCUUUCAAUCCUCCAUCCCCUCCUCCUGCCCGUCCACAGCAGGACAGAGCACGCUGCUUCCCACGCUUCUCUUUGGGGCCCUGUGUUCAGUACCGCUUCCAAACUCAACCCUCUGCAGGUGGUGUACGGAUACAUGUACCCACCGAAACAGGUUCUACUGAUGCUUUGCACAUGCUUUCUGUAAGCUCUGCUUUUGCUUCUGCCCUGGGGUAAGCAAGGACAGAGGCAACUGAGUUGUGCUGGGAAGUGUUUCAGUUCUGGUUCUCAAAUUGGCUUCCUUCCAUAAGAAAAUGAAGCAAAGUUGUCCCUGAAGCAGACGUCCUCUGACGCGGUGGGUAGGCUGCUGGUAGUUGCAAGGGGAGCUUGAUUGCCUUUGUGCAUUAAUCUUUUCUUCUUUCCUUGUAUGUGUUUUCUUUUCAUCUGAAUUGCACCACUAUGGAAUUAUUUGCAGAAUGGUACUCCAUAUAUAUGUGGGAUUUAAAAACAAAAGCAGAAUUGAUGCUGUGCAGGAUGUCACUCAAUUGGUUUUAUUUUGCUUUAUUUUAUAUAUAUUUUCUGGUAUCCUGUACAUUGCAGUGGGUGUGAAGAUAGUAUUUUAAUAUUUGUACAAAGUUUAAUUUAAUUGUUCUAUGUAUAUAACUGCAUUUCUAAAUUAAAAAAAAAAAAGAAAAGUUCUUUUGAAGUGAAUCUGUAA